AUGUCAUCACCCAAUCUUCCUUCAUCAGUAAGGUCGUUCAUUUUCACAACCACCGGAGGCAAGCGAUGUACAGCAAUACUCAAAGCUGUCCAAUUCAGCAAUGUCCGAACAGCCACAGGUCGCGAUUCUCGGUUGCCGGCAACGACAACGAGGUCGACGACGACAACAACGACAGAAGCGACAACAAGGGAUGAGAAUACGGUGCCAGUCAACACCAGUGCGAGCCCGCCUCCGCCGCUCGAAGACAGUAUAUUCCCCAGUUCAACAAGUACGACGAGCAUAUUGACCACAAUACCUACCCCAACUGUCACGAGCACCUCUUCGUCUUUGCUCCCAACAUCAUCACCGGAAGCCGAGCAAAAUUCUGUGAGCAAUGAGACUGAGACUUCAGCGGGAACAAGCAUCGUGACAGAAACAGCGUCAGAAAUAUUUCCGGAUGAUGCGGUAGUAACGCCUUUUGCUAGCACAGGCGCAAACCUCCAGCCAUCCUCAACCAGCAAAGCAGUACAGGCCACGGAAAACCCAACUUUAUUCCCCACUAUAAGCUCAGUUCCAAGCGCUCAUAACAGCGAAGCCGCGAAGGUGGCCGGAGGUGUGCUCAGUGGUCUUGUGGUCCUCAGUCUCAUCGGACUCUUCUUGUGGUUGUGGCGACGACGGAGAUUGCAGAAGAGAAGGAGCACCCUUUUGACACCUCUGGGUCCUGGUCCUGGCACAGACCCAAAUGAGAAGACGCCUUAUAUCAUCAGUCGACGCAGCAUUGGCCCAACACCGGGGUUCGUGAAGGCAAAGGCCGCCCUAGGUUACAAGGUCGAAAGGAUCCGAGAGCGCAUCAGUCAAGCCUUUUCCGAACCUAGCAUCCUGCUAUCGCCUUUGAAACGGGGCCCUCGAUUUGAGGAACUCAGCACACACAGUCGAAACCCAUCGCUAGCUUUCACCGACAAGGCUAAAGGAACGGGGUCGGUCAAAGGCAGCAUGUCGAAUUGGUGGUCUCGAAUGGCAUCCCACAUGCGUAUCAGCAAAUGGCUACGCAACAUGCGCAACGAUGAGGUUGUGCGAGACAGACAUUUUGACGCGGAAAACACAAGUGAACGGAAGGCCAGACUCAAGUACCAACCCGACUUUCUAACGUUGAUAGCCAUGGACGAUGGUGAUCUCGGCCGAGAAGCCCAAGGCCAAGGGCAGCAACAUCUGAGCGUCGCGCCCCAGGACAGUGGUAGUGGAAGCAGAGACAAAGUGCCAACAGCACGGCCACUGCACCUCGACGAGGGCGACAACCCCUUCAGAGACAACAACAUGCUCAGCCAUAUAUCAGCCAUACCAGCGCCCCUAGCCGCCGGUCUUGGCCGUUCCGACAACCCUGCCAGCGACCCUCCUUAUCCUGUUCGAAACCUUCACAACGACGCCACCACAAUCUCCAAACCGCCGACAGCGACCAACUACGGCAUCGAGGACCGCCGCCGCCGACAAUCACGCAGUCAUCCAAUCAGUAUUUCUGCCAGCACGACGGCAAAUGGAAACCCAAGUCGACAACCCAGCACCCGCACCUACCGCGAAAGCAUCGACUCGUUCACCACCCAUCGCAAUAAAUUCCGGUCAGACCCUUUUGACUUGGAGCGCCCUGAGCUUCUGGGCGGUGUUCCGCAAGUCAUGGCAAGCCAAGAGACGCCAUCAGCAGUGACAGGCCCUAGACAUCCACCCAGUGCUCAUACCCGCCAGGAGAGCUUUGGCGGCUCAAUGAGGUACUCGUAUUCGAGCGGUGUCGUGAGUUUGGAUGAGUGGAGUGACCCGGGACCGGAUGUAGGUUAUAAGUCUGCCGGGUCUGGGGAUACUAGAGGUUAUGGGAGGGUGAGGGGUGCAAGUGUGAGUGUUGGAAGGGAUGGAGGGCAAAACAUUUUGGGACGGGCAAUCUAA